ACAACUUGUUUAUGUUUACUGAUAACCGGUGCUGAACUGAUAACAAAAAUCAAAUUUUGAGUUUUUGAACCCUUUUUUUCAAAAAUUCUUUUCCUUCCUUGUUUUGCAGUGUUAAAAAAUGUAAUAGAAUAAUUGAAGAUUUGAGCGAUUAAUUCUGUGUCGCAUACCACUUUCAAAACUUCCCAAUCAACUCCUAUUGGUAAUUCUCCAGCAUGGGAAUAUUCGGCCUUACAUCCUACGUAUCAGAACAUGCAUCGGAGCUCCUCAAACCGCACAAACUGCACGAUUGUUCGGUAUUAAUUGACGGAUAUGCGGCGGCAUCGAUAAUCUACAGUCAUUACACCAAGUGUACCCACGCUUUCGGCGGAGACUACGAUAAAUUUGCAAAUAGUGUUAUCGAAUUCGUGGAUAUUUUGAAAAAAUGCAACAUUUACGCGUGUUUCGUAUUCGACGGAGGUUACGAGAAACGUAAACUGAAAACGGUAAUUGACCGAUUAAAAUUGAAUAUCGCUAUUUGCAGCCAAUUCAAGAAUAAAUACCGAGAAAGUAAAUGUUUCCCUUUACUAUUACGCGAUGUAUUUAAAGAUAUAUUGCGAAGUAUUAACGUACCUGUGAUACAAUGCGAUUUCGAAGCUGAUCAAGAGCUAGUAGUGUUAGCUCGUACUUUGAAUUGUCCCGUGAUUAGUAACGAUUCUGAUUUUUAUGUUAGCAACGUUGCGUAUAUUCCUUUUUUCAGUAUAGAAUUCAAAGCUUAUCGAUUGAGUAAAAAGAUCAAAGAUAAAUAUUACAUUCCUUGUUCGAUGUAUCAUGUUGACGAUUUGUUGAAUAAGUUCGAAGGAUUACCAGAUAAAUCACUUUUACCUUUGAUGUCUUGCGCUUUGGGUAACGAUUAUAUUCCUCCGCAUACUUUCAAGAAUUUCUUACGCAUUUCGUAUUCUUCGAAGUUACCAAAAAGGAUGGAAAAGAUUUUAUAUUGGUUGAGAGGAGUUAUAUUUGCUGAUAUGGCCAUAGAAGAGCUUGUAUCGUGUGCUCCAAAAAAACUCAAAGGUGGUUACCGCAAACUAAUCAAACAAUUGCUGACCGAAUUCAACAGUCCAUCUAGUCAAUUACUGGAACAUAUCCCCGAUGCGUUUCAUAUAAACUGUGAACUAGCAGAUGUUAUGAAUAAUUUAAGUAUCAACGACGAUAACGAAGAUACCAGUCAGAAUAUAUCGCAUACCGAAUUUGAAAUGACUCCGGUGGUUGAAAAAGAUCUAAUGGUUGGUGUAGGAGAAGACAGCUUUCUUUUAGAAAACAACGACGAAAUUGAGAUUAUCGACAGUUGUGAGUACGAAAUCGAGGAUGAAAACGAUGAACAUGAAAUCGAAGCAGAUAGUUCUAUAAAUACGUCAAAUGUUCUCGACUCGUCUACAAUUUCAACAAAUCCUACUCCUACGAUCAAUUUACCAGAAUGGGUUGUACGUAAAUUUCGUCUCGGAUUAUUAUCGCCGACGGUUAUGAAUAUUCACACCUUCAAGCGAAUAAUUAUUCAGUCUCAGAGUGAAGAUUAUCACAGUCCUCCUUCCCAUUUAAUCAUUACUCCUAUUUUACAAAUAAUUAUCGCUAUCGUUUUGGGCAAGAAGGGAUCCUGCGAAGUGAAAUGUCACGCUCGUCUUCGAAGUACCGUUGCUGGGAUUUAUAAACUAACCCCGGUUUUCUCUUUCGAUUGCGAUUUAGAAGUUCCAUCGCUGGAAGAGGUCGCAAAUUUGAGCGAUACCGACAAACAAACGAUUCUUUUGAAAUGUUUGAAUAUCGACGAAAACUUGAGUUGCUUCCCGAAUGAAUGGAAAAUAUUUAUGAUCGCGGUAUUUUAUUGGCUCAAGAACAGUAGUAAUCUGAAUCAAACGCAUAUUCGUUCUGUUAUUCUCUCUCUGAUUUACCUGAGCAUCAUCGAUAAAAAAAUUGGAUCCGUGAGAACGCAGCAAGAACUCAACAGAUUAAAUAAUGUCGAGAAAAAAAAGAAAACUGAAGCAGCAAAUGAGCCAUUAAAUGACUCGGAGCAGCGUACAGAAACGGAAAAUACACCGUGUUUCGACUACUUAAACAAUUCUCAAUUGAUCGAUAUUUCAGAAAUUGUAAACUUGGUAUCUGGAAAGGAUUGCAUUACGGCGGCUAAUGCUCUGUUACAUUAUCAUCAUUUGGAUAGCAGCUUGAUGCAAAACCGUAAAAAUUUCAAUACUAAAUUAGUUCAUUGUUACGCUCAACUUCAACAUUGUCUGCAAGCUGUUGGUUUAUUAAACGCGGUGCUCGAUUUUCCAUUUGCUCCUUGUAUGGUACAUAAUGCUUUUUCUGGCACUUUUUUGUAUAAUUUUUAUACCGAUAUGAGUAAGAGGAAAUUAGCCGAUGGGUAUAUAACCAGAACUUUAUUAUCAAAGGCUACCGAUAUAAUUGUAUUAUACAAAUACUUGAUGAAAACUGUUACUUGUUCUACGUCCAGCAUCAAAGAUACCGGAUGCAGUAAUUCGGAGAAGAAAAAAAAGAAGUCUCGAGGGAAAAAUAUUAUGAAACCGUCAUCGACAGAAAAUGAAGUAGAGAAAGAAGAAUCUUUUAUCGACGCUGAAAAUAUAUACUCGAUGCUUUCGCUCAAUGAUUGUAAUGGUUAAAUUGAAUCAUUAAAAUUUCAUUUUUUUAAAAA